CUCCCUCUCUCCCUCUCUCUCUCCCUCUCUCUUUCUCUCUUUUCUCCCUCUCCUAUAUUUUCUUGCUGUUGCUAAUUCAUGGUGAUCAAAUGAUGUACGACAAAAUAAAUUGUAAAGAGUGACUGCCUGGAGUUGGGAACCAGAAGGUAUUUCCCCCAUCUCCCAAGGAGAGAGCAAACCUUUAAAAAGGAAGGACAAUUGAUUUUUUGGGGGGAGCUUAAGUGAGCCUUGACUUUGCAGCUGGUUGAGAGCAGGUUGGAGGAGGGUUUAAAGCCAGGUGCGCCGAGUCAGCUCGCCAUGUCCAGAUCCGGGGACAGGACAUCCACCUUCGACCCCAGCCAUAGCGACAACCUGCUGCACGGCCUCAACCUGCUGUGGAGGAAGCAGCUGUUUUGCGACGUGACCCUGACGGCCCAGGGCCAGCAGUUCCACUGCCACAAGGCCGUGCUGGCCUCCUGCUCGCAGUACUUCCGAUCGCUCUUCUCCAGCCACCCCCCUCUCGGGGGAGGGGUUGGUGGCCAGGACGGCCUGGGAGCCCCCAAGGACCAGCAGCAGCAGCAGCAGCCGCAGCAGCCGCCGCCACAGCAGCAGCAGCAGCCGCCGCAGGAGGAGCCCGGGACUCCUUCCUCCUCCCCCGACGACAAGCUGCUGACCAGCCCCCGGGCCAUCAACAAUCUGGUGCUGCAGGGCUGCUCGUCCAUCGGGCUGCGCCUGGUGCUCGAGUACCUCUACACAGCCAACGUGACCCUCUCCCUGGACACAGUGGAGGAGGUGCUGUCGGUCAGCAAGAUCCUGCACAUCCCCCAGGUCACCAAGCUCUGUGUGCAGUUCCUCAACGACCAGAUCUCGGUGCAGAACUACAAGCAGGUGUGCAAGAUCGCCGCGCUGCACGGCCUGGAGGAGACCAAGAAGCUGGCCAACAAGUACCUGGUGGAGGAUGUGCUGCUGCUCAACUUCGAGGAGAUGCGCGCCCUGCUGGACUCGCUGCCGCCCCCGGUGGAGUCCGAGCUGGCGCUCUUCCAGAUGUCGGUGCUCUGGCUGGAGCACGACCGCGAGACCCGCAUGCAGUACGCGCCAGACCUUAUGAAGCGCCUCCGCUUCGCGCUCAUCCCGGCCCCGGAGCUGGUGGAGCGGGUCCAGUCCGUGGAUUUCAUGCGCACCGACCCGGUCUGCCAGAAGCUGCUGCUGGACGCCAUGAACUACCACCUGAUGCCCUUCAGGCAGCACUGCAGGCAAAGCCUGGCCAGCAGAAUUCGCUCUAACAAGAAAAUGCUGUUGUUGGUUGGAGGCUUGCCUCCCGGACCGGACCGGCUCCCCAGCAAUUUGGUUCAGUAUUACGACGAUGAAAAGAAGACAUGGAAAAUACUCACGAUUAUGCCAUACAACAGUGCCCACCACUGUGUCGUGGAGGUGGAAAACUUCUUGUUUGUCCUGGGUGGAGAAGACCAGUGGAACCCUAAUGGAAAACACAGUACAAACUUUGUCAGUCGAUAUGAUCCCCGAUUUAAUAGCUGGAUUCAACUUCCACCCAUGCAAGAAAGAAGAGCCAGUUUCUAUGCAUGUCGGUUGGACAAACAUUUGUAUGUUAUUGGUGGAAGGAAUGAAAGUGGCUACUUGUCCAGUGUGGAGUGCUACAACCUAGAAACGAACGAAUGGCGUUAUGUGUCCUCUUUGCCACAGCCUCUAGCAGCUCACGCGGGAGCAGUGCACAAUGGGAAGAUAUACAUUUCAGGGGGUGUUCACAAUGGAGAAUAUGUCCCGUGGCUAUACUGCUAUGACCCGGUAAUGGAUGUCUGGGCUCGAAAACAAGAUAUGAACACAAAACGCGCAAUCCACACUUUGGCUGUAAUGAAUGAUCGCUUGUAUGCAAUUGGAGGAAAUCAUCUGAAAGGUUUCUCCCACCUUGAUGUCAUGCUUGUGGAAUGCUACGACCCCAAAGGUGACCAGUGGAACAUUCUCCAGACCCCCAUUUUGGAGGGUCGAAGUGGUCCUGGCUGUGCAGUGCUUGAUGACAGCAUUUACCUCGUGGGAGGCUACAGCUGGAGCAUGGGGGCCUACAAGUCAUCUACAAUAUGCUACUGUCCAGAAAAAGGAACAUGGACAGAACUUGAGGGAGAUGUAGCAGAACCACUCGCAGGCCCUGCCUGUGCAACCGUUAUCCUGCCUGCCUGCGUACCAUACAAUAAAUAACGCCAGGAAACCCCCGAAGGAACAGUAUCACAUCCUGGGAAGCAAUGACAGGUGACGUCACGUUAUAAUAGGAACAAUGCAUCCUAGGACCCAACUGUCAAAACCCACCCUUGGUUUCUAAUGAAUGAUUUCUCAGUAACUACAAAAAAAAGUGACCUGUUCUUGAGCAGACAUUGUGUCUGUAACUCAGAUCACACCAAACUUCCUGUGGUGACAGACUUCCAAUUCAGCCUGGUUUUAACUUGUCCCAGUUUUACAAAAACUCCUCAUGUGGAUUUUAACUUCUGAAAGGAGAAAGAUAAAAUACAGAAGACUGCCUCCAGAGAGACCUAAGAUCAGUAUUGUGCAUUGUAGUCUACCUGCAUGUGAUCUAUUUGUUGAAGUUUUGGGGAUAUUGUGUUCAUAAAUGAUUCAAAAUUUGACCCACUGAAAUAUUUCCACAGCAUUACAGAAACUGCCACUUGAUUCUGUAAUCCUAACCUUUGGCUACUUCACAGACUCCAUAAGCAACACAGUUCUAGAAAAUCAUAGACGAUAAAAGAGGGGCAUUUUCAUUUCUGUACAACUUCAUUACCUACACCUUCUGCCCUUACAGCACCUCAUGGAAUCAGCAAAGAAAAAGGUAUUGGCUCUCGCAAUUGCUUCCUGCUUCAUGGGUUCUAGGCUAGCCAGAGUCAUAAUUUCUGUGUCCUCAAUUUUAUCUGAAAGAUUAAAACAAAAUACACUAUAACACUAUCCAGUUCACAGAGACUGGUGCAUUCUCAUUUUUUGUAGUAUACAAAUAGUGAACACAUCUCUUAUUUGCUUCAAAAGAUAGGACUGACAAAUUCAGUCCUCUAAUAUGGAAGAGAUUCUGUUGGAUAAUACAUCUGACCCCAAACUUAACCUAUUGUAAAAACAGGGAAAUUGCUUUCAGGAAUUCAGGGAUGAAAAGAAAGGAUAAUUUAAGUACAAUCCCAGUUGUCUCUCUGUCACUACAUAACAAAUCUUAAAAGAGCUGCGGGAACCGACCACAGCGCCUGACAGAAUCCUACUCCCUCUUGCUUGCCUUUGGCUGGCUCUUGAAAAGCACACGACUUACUGUCAUUACUCUCCCACUCCUCAUCUUUCAUUUGCUAUCAUCAGAGAUGCUUGAACUCAGUUAAGUGAGCAACUGCUACGCUGUCUAUAGGGGCCAGAGGAACUUAGGAUCUGGACAGCAGAGCGUGAGACUGUUGCAGUUUGCAAAGCAAAAGGACAAACCUGGCAGAAACAGCAAUUUGGUUUUCGAGCUCUUAAAAGCUUGAACAACGACAGUUAGCAGAAAAUAAAAGUAUAAAAUAUUUUUUUAAUCACUCAGAGAUGUUGUUAAAUCCCUCAACACAUGUCAUUCAGAACAACAGUAUGGGGAAGCCACAGAUUAAAAUGCUUUGGUGAUUAGCUUUCAUUGCAGAGCAUGUCAAGAUAGAGUGGGUAUACUGAAAUCCAGCGCCGUUUCUACAGUAAAGUGCAAUCUUCAUUGUUUUUGUAUUUAUUUGUAUGUUCAGAUCCAAAGGAUCCGUUGUAAAAAUAUAUAUAAGGAUAUAUAUCCAGUGCAAUCAACGUUCAUUACUUUUUCCUUGAAAGCAUAUGAAUAUAUAGAAAGAAAGAAAAGUUCCCAGUACUUUGCAGGAAAAUCCCAGCUGAUAUCAUGAAGAGAACAGAACCUUUAUUGUCAACUGUCACCAUUUCUUCCAAAAGUCACAGUUUAUACAAGAUAUUUACUUUCCUUAGACUGGUUCUUCAUUUUAUUUUUUAAUUUUAGCCACAAUAAAUAAAAGCAUUUAUGAGAACUGUAAGUAAAGCUUUCUGUGUUUCAGAAAGAUGCAACCUAUUAGAAAGUGAAAAGUGAAUAAAUAAGUCACAGAGAAUGUAAAUUUUGUACAGUAUUAGAAUGUGUAAAUGAAGCUUGCUUGA